AUGUUUAUUAUUAUCUCACAAGUUCUUUACAUCUGGCUUGCUGUUGUGUCGGCUCAGAUUAAGAACUCGCUAGAAGAGAUUCAAGUUGUUAACGUCACUCUACCACAUGGCGGUGGUCUUGGGGGACUUCGGUGGCGAAUUAACGGAGAUAAGAAUGUUGAUGCGUACCUCGGUAUUCCAUUUGCAGAGCCACCAAUUGGUGACCUUCGUUUUGCACCUCCACAACCUAUAAGUCCGUGGAAAGGGACUCGCAAUGCGACGACUAGGUGCAACGCCUGUUUACAGUACCAUUUCGGUUCCUUUGAUAAUGCCAACCCGGCGGCUAAGAUAUGGGUUAAUAAUACAGAAAUGAGUGAAGAUUGCCUAUAUUUGAAUGUAUGGACACCAAGUAGCACUUCAGGUGGUCCCAAAGCCGUGAUGGUGUGGAUUUUCGGUGGAGGAUUUUUCAGCGGAUCACCCAACCUUGAUGUUUACGAUGGAAGAUUCCUGGCAGCAAUGGAAGAUGUGGUGGUUGUUUCAAUGAAUUAUCGACUUGGUCCAUUUGGUUUCCUCUAUCUCAAGUCUCACGUGGAGGGAAACAUGGGACUCAAGGACCAACAACUUGCCCUCAAAUGGGUGAAGGACAAUAUCGUAGCAUUCAAUGGCGAUCCGGAUCGAAUUACAGUAUUUGGAGAAUCCGCAGGUGCUGUUAGUACUAGUCUUCAAUAUCUCAAUCCCACUUCACGGACAUAUUUCAAACGACUUAUCCUUCAAAGUGCAAGCCCUCUUAAUAGGUGGGCUAUUUCGACUGCCGAUGACGCGCAUGAAACUGGAAUCGCGGUGCGUACUGAUAAUGUUAUUAGAAUGGUUUGA